AUGAACUUGAGCCGGUAUCAUUCUUUUCGGUUCAGUUUAGUCAAUUCGGUUCGGUUUUAUUUAGCCAGGUUGAGCUGAGGAGUCCAAUCCCCUUCCCUUGAGUACAGUUUUGAAUUUAUCGAAGCCGCGUCGCGACCUAGUUUUUUCCCUCCCUUCCCCGCCCAAUUGUUUCACUCUCACUACUGAGCGCUUCGCCUCCUUAUCUUUCUUUUAUAAGGUUUAGAUUAACAUGGGCAACUAGUUGGUUCAGACUUACUUCAGAGGCGGAAUAAAAAAUGUCUCUUUCAGCUUCUCAAUCAUCUGAAUCUGCGAACCCAUUUAGUUAUAAUCGAAAAGAUAAAUCUCUCGGCGUCUUAUGCUCCAAUUUCUUGAAGCUGUAUGAUCGAGAUGAUGUUGAGUUCAUUGGAUUGGACGAUGCGGCGGCAAAAUUAGGUGUAGAACGUAGAAGAAUCUAUGAUAUCGUAAAUAUUUUAGAAAUUGUUGGGGUUUUGUCGAGAAAAGCGAAGAAUAAGUACUCCUGGAAUGGAUUCGGCGCUAUUCCUCAGACUCUUGACAAGCUAAUGAAAGAAGCAGUAAAAGAUAAUUUUCUACAAACCAUUGGCUUGAAUACUGGUGGCUCCCAGGUGUCUGCUGAAAGUGGUUCUUUGAAUGAUAAAAAUCAAAUUUCACUUGCGAUUGAGAGAAGGAAGGAUAAAUCUUUAGGGCUUCUCACGCAGAACUUUGUCAAGCUCUUCCUUUGCUCCAAUGAUGAAUUGAUCUCUCUUGAGGAUGCUGCCACAGCAUUGCUGGGUGAUCUACAUGAUCCACAAGCUAUUAAAAAUAACUCUGCAGCAAAAGUGAGACGACUAUAUGAUAUUGGGAAUGUCUUUGCAUCAAUUAACAUAAUUGAAAAGAUUCCACACCCAAAUACCAAGAGACCGGCAUUUAGGUGGCUGGGAGCGGAAGGCUGCACACCACCCAAAAGUAUAGUAGCUGCUUCUGCACCGAAUUCAAACAAUGACAUGAAGAGGGUUUUUGGAUCUGACAUGACAAACACUGUGAAGAAAUCUAAGAUAUCUGAAACUGAAAGUCAAAACAAAACUGGCGAUGAGAGAAACCCAAUGAAACCGUUCCGUGGGAAGAUUGUUUUUGGCCCUUUCCAACCCAUGAAUGUUGAAAGCAGCGUUGUAAGGAAACGGGUAGCAGCAAACUUGGAGAAGCUGGCCUCUUCUUAUCGUCCUCAGUACAACAACAGAGCUCUGAGCGAGACGUUUGAUCAUUAUGUUUUGGCGCGGAAAUCUUGGUGCGUUGAAGUUGGUUCAACAGAAAGAAACAACCCGAGGAACAUGCCUUCUCCUUAAUUAGCAUUUCUGGUUCUACUAAACUGCCAUUAUCUUUUACUUGAGAGGUCUCCGGAUGCUUUUAGACAUUUUUUUAAAUUAUUACUGCCUGAAGAUGAAACCCUUUGAUGAUUGACAUUUUAUUUGCACUUUCUAUAUUUUAGGGUUGAUUUUAGAAAUUACCAAAUUUCAUUCUCUCU